AUGUAUGGUGUGCUAUUCGAAGUUUUGCGACGUUAUGUUGAAAGCACAUUCGGUGAAACAGUAUGGUCAGCUGCUGUUGAAGUAACCAAUGGCCAGCCACUUGAAAUACAAACAAGACAAAAUUAUUCUACACGACUACUAACACGAAUAGUCAGUGCAGUUUCUGAAUUUAUCGGUUUACCAGAAGAGGAUAUUUAUUAUGAAUUCGGGAUUACAACAGUUCAGUAUUUGACUGAUAAUGGUUUCAGAAGUAUACUACAAGUGUUAGGUUUAUCGUGGAUUGAAUUAAUCGAGAAAGAUAGUCGAUUUGAUCAGAAUCCAUCACUGUUGGAUGUGUCGGCAUAUGUUUCAGAAAAACAAUUCUUAGGUUUAUUACCGUUUCACUUACUGCUGACAAAAGAUAUGACAAUUAGACGGGCUGGUCCAAGUUAUUUAUGCCUGAGAAAGGAUAUACUUGGACAAGAAUUUACUAAAUGUUUUCAAAUUGCAAAACCUAAAACAAAUCCAACAUUUGAUGAAAUAUACGCGAACCGAUUCACAACUUUUGAGUUAGUUCUCUUAGAUCAAUCCUCUUCCAAAAGUAAAUCUUCAAAAAGGACUACAGGUCCUCAGGAAAAGUGUCGCUUUAAAGGGGAAAUUUCUUUUGUAGAAGAAUGGGAUAUGCUACUCUUUAUGGGAUCACCCUUGUAA